AUGUCUGGAUUGCUCAUGCUUGUACACCGUCUUUUCCCGUGGUUGAUGAUGGACAACAUUUGGUUUCGAAUCAUACGGACACCCGAAGAGAAUGCUCGUCGUGUUACAACAUGCAUUUUCACUACAAACCAACAAACCACAGCGACUAGACUACGAAAUCACUCCGGAGAAUUCAGCAACGAUGUGGCGUGGGAACCUAGUACUGGCGUUCCAGUCCAUCGUGGUACGCUCACAAUUUCAGAGGAUCUAACAAAAUUCAUUGAAUAUUAA